GAAAAUGGAUGCCCAUGAGCAUUGACUCUAUCAUCGGAACGAUGGCUGGAAUGCAUCACAAUUUUUAAUCCUUUUUGGAUAUUCGAUCAAUAGCACAUGAGACUGCACAUGAUAUAGAUUCCUUAGCCUGUCUUACACGUUAUUACUUUGAUACUGUCUAAAAUAUCCUUGACCUUGCAUCUCUUACUUUAAUGCUGUGUGGCAGUGGCCAGUGGACGAAAUGGAGGCCUCACACUUGGUAACAGUCCAAAAGAUCAGUACGUUGUCAGGCACGUUGUAGUGACAAUGGCGGAGUAUAGAGACAGCCCAUUUUUGUCUUAAUCUUCAACGUCAAGUCAACCACCGUGUCAGGGAUCCCAAAAUCAUGGCUGCAACAAUCAAUAACUGAAUUUUAAGUAGUUUACACCCAAAAAAAAGCACCUGUGAGAAACAAGGAAACAAGGCAAUGAGUUCCAUAGGAGAACAAGGUGAUGAGCUCCAACAUAGAACCUACUGGAGAUGGGGCAAAGAUGAAUUCUUACCAGAAGAAUCAUUCCAAAAUUGGAGCACUUAUCGAUCAGCUCUAUUGCAGAUAUGUUUCCGAUUCAAGGACCGUCUUAUAAGCCGCUCUGAUGAUGCCAGUGAGAUAGCUGAACUUCGGAAACAAAGUGAGAAUGACAUGAAACGUUGCCUCACCUGGUGGGAUCUUACCUGGUUUGGAUUUGGGUCGGUUAUUGGAGCAGGCAUCUUUGUGCUCACUGGCAAAGAAGCUCACGAUCAUGCUGGACCAGCUAUUGUCUUGUCGUAUGUUGCCUCAGGUAUUUCGGCAAUGCUUUCUGUAUUCUGCUAUACAGAGUUUGCAGUAGAGAUCCCAGUGGCAGGCGGAUCAUUUGCUUAUCUAAGAAUUGAAUUAGGAGAUUUUGUGGCAUUCAUCACAGCUGGAAACAUACUUCUUGAAAGCAUUGUUGGAAGUGCAGCAGUUGCCAGAGCAUGGACUUCUUACUUCACAACUCUCCUGAACCGUCAACCAAACUCACUACGUAUCCAUACAAAUUUCAGAAAGGGAUAUAAUCUCUUAGACCCCAUUGCAGUUGCAGUUUUGGCAAUUUCUGCAAGCAUUGCAAUGAUCAGCACAAGGAAAACUUCACAAUUAAAUUGGAUAGCAACUGCACUGAAUACUGUCGUAAUCUUGUUUGUGAUAAUUGCAGGGUUUGCUCAUGCCAACACAUCAAAUUUGACACCCUUUUUGCCUGAAGGAGUCCAAGGGAUCUUUGAAGCAGCUGCUAUUGUUUACUUUGCUUAUGGUGGAUUUGAUAACAUUGCCACCAUGGCUGAAGAAACAAAAAACCCAUCAAGAGACAUACCUUUAGGAUUACUUGGAUCAAUGUCAAUCAUCACUGUUAUAUAUUGCUUGAUGGCACUCUCCCUAAGUAUGAUGCAAAAAUACAGCGAUUUAGAUCCAGAUGCUGCUUAUUCUGUGGCAUUUCAGAGUGUAGGAAUGAAAUGGGCGAAGUACCUAGUAGCUCUUGGUGCCCUUAAGGGGAUGACCACUGUCCUUCUGGUAGGGGCACUUGGACAGGCACGAUAUACUACUCAUAUUGCACGAGCACACAUGAUCCCACCAUGGUUUGCACUUGUCCAUCCAAAAACUGGAACUCCAAUAUAUGCCACGCUUCUGAUAGCUAUUUCAAGUGGUCUCAUUGCCUUCUUUUCAAGCUUGGAUGUCUUGGCAAGCUUGCUAUCUGUGAGCACUCUAUUUAUAUUCAUGAUGAUGGCUGUAGCACUUCUUGUGAGGAGAUACUAUGUGAGGGACAUCACACCACAUAUAAACCUCCAGAAGCUUGCAAUAUUCCUGCUGAUAAUUAUUACUUCCUCAAUGGGAACUUCAGCCUACUGGGGACUAAGGCCUAAUGGAUGGGUGGGAUACAUUGUAACAAUUCCCCUUUGGUUGCUCGGGACUAUGGGGAUAUCAAUAUUUCUGCCCCAGCAGAGGACACCAAAAGUUUGGGGGGUUCCACUGGUUCCAUGGUUUCCAUCAUUGUCAAUUGCAACAAAUAUCUUCCUGAUGGGGUCUUUGGGAUCUGAGGCUUUUAUAAGGUUUGGAAUCUGUACAGUAGUAAUGCUGGUUUACUACAUUCUUGUUGGUCUCCAUGCAACUUAUGAUAUGGCCCAUCAACAACAAAAGCUAGAGGCCCUGAAGGUUAAGGACGAAGAUGAAGCAGGGAGAGCAUAGGCUUAGUUUAUCAUGUUCCACUGUCCAACAGUCUUUUCUGUCAAGUUAAUUGUGUUGCACCAUCUAAAGUAGGAUUUUCAUAAUGUUCAAUGCUGCUGUCUUCAGCUAUGAAUCCUCUGUUUUACAGUUAAGAUCAAA